AUGGCCACUACUGCCGGGAACGACUGGCAACCUCCUCCGGCAUAUCCUUGGAAACAAACUCCGGUGUCGGCUGCCAGACCAACUUUAGUCUUAAAGUCUCUGGCCCGGGAGAAGUUCGGGAAGUUGGACCUGGCAGUCAACUGUGCCGGCAUCGCUGUGGCUGUAAAAACGUACAACUUCAAGAAGAACGCCCCUCACAGCCUGGAGGACUUCCAGCAUGUCAUCAACGCAAAUAUCGCAGGAACCUUCAACGUGAUCCGCCUCGCCGUGGGGGAGAUGGGGAAGAACGAGCCGGACGCAGACGGACACCGAGGCUGCAUCAUCAACACCGCCAGCGUGGCAGCGUUCGACGGACAGGUCGGACAAGCGGCGUAUUCUGCUUCUAAAGGCGGCAUCGUUGGAAUGACGCUCCCAAUCGCUCGAGAUCUGGCGCCGAUGGGCAUCAGAGUCGUCACAAUCGCUCCUGGAUUGUUCGCCACUCCUCUCCUCGCCAGCCUUCCAGAGAAGGUGCGCUCCUUCCUCUGCCGCCAGGUGCCCUUUCCUUCACGCCUAGGAGACCCCGCUGAGUUUGCCCACUUGGUGACCUCAGUGGCGGAAAACCCGAUGAUCAACGGGGAGGUCAUCAGGCUGGACGGAGCUAUCCGCAUGCAGCCCUGA